CCCUCACAAUCAGGGUACAUCGUCCACUCCAGAUCAUCUGCUUUACUCUCCUCAUUCUCCUGCUGGGUCUUCAACAUUUUGGGCUUUUUUCCCUUUAGGUCCACAAUGCUGGGACGACUACUUCUUCAGAGUGCAGUGAUCCUUUGGCUGGUGCAGACAGUGCACACACUAGGUUAUGGAACUGCAUCUGGAAUAUCCAACGGACAGGGCCCACAACAUUAUGGAAAGAAACUUCUGAAUGGUGGCCGACGAAUGCUGAUGCCGUCCAAAGGUGUGGGCCAGGCAUUGGGUGCACAGAAUGGAUACGGUGGAUACCCAACAAAAGGCGUAGGCUAUGGUGCAGCUGCUGGUGGGACCAAUGGAGGAGGGACAAAAGGCUAUGGACCAAAGGCUGGUGUAACCAAUGGACAAGGAGGAAAUCCAGCAGUUUUACCCAAUGGACACGGUGCAAAAUCUAAUGGAUAUGGUGUUCAAAUCGGCCCAACCAAUGGACAACAAAUGAAAGGCAAUGGCUAUGGUGCAGCUGCUGGUGGGACCAAUGGAGGAGGGACAAAAGGCUAUGGACCAAAGGCUGGUGUAACCAAUGGACAAGGAGGAAAUCCAGCAGUUUUACCCAAUGGACACGGUGCAAAAUCUAAUGGAUAUGGUGUUCAAGCCGGCCCAACCAAUGGACAACAAUUGAAAGGCAAUGGCUAUGGUGCAGCUGCUGGUGGGACCAAUGGAGGAGGGACAAAAGGCUAUGGAGCAAAGGCUGGUGUAACCAAUGGACAAGGAGGAAAUCCAGCAGUUUUACCCAAUGGACAUGGUGCACAUUCUAAUGGAUAUGGUGUUCAAACCGGCCCAACCAAUGGACAACAAAUGAAAGGCAAUGGCUAUGGUGCAGCUGCUGGUGGGACCAAUGGAGGAGGGACCAAAGGCUAUGGAGCAAAGGCUGUUGUAACCAAUGGACAAGGACAGGGGGAAGCUGGAGGUAAACCUAUGAAAGGAUAUGGACGACCACUUUAUGGGGCAGCUCUAGGCAUGGGGAUGGGAGCUUCCAGAGGUUUGGGAGUACCUCAGCUAGCCAGGAACCAAGCAUAUGGCAGUAAUGGUUAUGGAGGUCAACCCAUGGGAGGCUAUAAUGGCGCUUAUGGCAAUGCUGGUUUGGGUCUGAGACCUCAGUAUGGAAACGGAGGAAUGAAGGGGCCGAAGCCAGGCUAUGGAGCUGCAGCUGGUGUACCCAACGGACAAGCUGCAAGACCCAAUGGUUAUGCUGGAGCCAGAGCCCCUAUUGGGAAUGGAGCUGUGCCAAAUGGUUAUGGUAAUAUUCCAAAUAGAUAUGCUGCCAAACCUGACGGUUAUGGAGCCACCAGAGGAGAUGCAUUGAGACCCCAACCAGCUUAUGGAAAUGGAGGUGCCCCCAACGGAUAUGGAGCUAAACCCAAUGGUCAUGGAGUUAAGAAUGGUGCUGCAGUCGGUGGACACGGAGGUAAACCCAAUGGAUACGGAGUGCCAAACGGAGGCUCAAAACCACAAACUAACAAAGGAGUUGGAGCACUCGGCACUGGCUAUGGUGGUCCUGCUUACUACGGCAUGAUGCCAAAUGUGAAGGAGAAUGGAGGAGGAGCUUCCAUCUCCAAAGGACAGGGAGCUAAACCUGACUGUGGACCAUCAGGAGUACCAAAUGGACAAUGGAUGAAAAUACCAAGACCUGGUUAUAAUGCAGGUUCUGAAGCGUCCACUGGCACAAACACAAAAGGUUAUCAAGCAGGAUCUGGUGUUCCAAACGGAUAUGGUGCUAAACCCAAUGAACAUGGUGCCAGUGCAGGGGGGUAUUCAAAUGGAGGCAGAGCCAGUGGUAAAAAAACAGGUUAUGGAACAGGAGGCUACACUGUCCCUGGACUCAGCAAUGGAUAUGGAGCUGCAGGCCUUGGAUAUCCUUAUGCCGGUAAACCUAAGCAACCUGGUUACGGGCAAGGAGCGUACCUUGGAGCUGGAUAUGGAAAUGCAAAUUCAUAUGGAGGAAAUCCGGGUCUGGGUGAAGCAGGCCAGUCCCAGCCAGGGUAUGGAAAUGGAAAUGGCUACAGUACGGGUGUACAACCUGACUAUGCAAGUUUUGGCCAAGGUGUACCCACUGCUAAUGGAAAAGCAGGAAUGAGCCAUUACGAGCCUCAGUCUGCUGGCCUCGGUCCAAAUGGAAAAUUGGGCAGCAUGAAUGGUGGAAUGGGUGGUUUGCCUUUUGGCAGUCAGACCUUGGGAAUGGGUGCAGAGAAAUCAAACACGAAAUACGGCAUUGGUGGGUUGCAAUUUGGUGGACAGCCCUUCGGUACAGGAACUAAUGGUGCAGGACAGUAUGGUUAUGGUGGGAGCCAGUAUGGGCCUGCUGGUGAUGGCAAAUCACCUGGAAAAUAUGGAUAUGGUGGGUUCCCCAAUGGUGGGCAGCUUCUCGGUCUCGCCAGUAAUGGACAUACAGCCGGCCAAUAUGGUUAUGGAAGAAUGCCUUAUGAAGCUCAACCAGCUGGACUAAACCCUGAAGCCAUAUCUACUGGCAAAUAUGGUCUGGCUGGGUCACCAUAUCAGCCUGAACCUCUUGGACAGAGUGGAAUAUUAACAGGCACAUAUGGUGGCGGUGAAGUACCCUAUGCACCACAAGCUCUUGGUUUUGGGAGUGAAGCACAAUCUUAUGGGAAAUAUGAUAACCACGGACCGUACCAGUCGCAGCCCGUUGAAUCGGCAUCUGAAGGCAGAUCUGUUGGAGAAUAUGAUGCAGCUGGUUUACCAUAUGAGCCCCUGCCUCUUGAGCCAGAUUCAGCUGGAACAUCUAAUGUGAAGGGAGUGGUACCGACACCAGCAAUUGCAGUUGAAGGAGAAGGGAUGAUUGAUAGAUACGACAAUGUGGGCUAUAUAAACGGACAAGUGCAGCCACAAGUUGUUGCAUUUCCUGUAGCUCCUACUCCCAGCCCUAGCCUGGCCUACCCCACCGUCCCAUCCUAUCUGCCUGUGGAGGCCUUCACACCUGAUGUGGUGCCUGGAACGGGUGCUGAGGACCUGCCCGACCCAGCAGGCACUGCUGGCCUCGCCCUUGACUCCGCACCUGCUACAGAAAUGCAGGGCGUGGCUGAGUUGCCAGAGCAACCUGAUGAGUUGCUUCAUCACGAGCAGCUGCCACGUCAGAUUCACAUUCAGCAGCAUCUCAAACUGCAUUUUCACCCACAAGGAGCAAAGAACAACAAAUAUGAUUUGAAUGGCUUCUUUGGGAAUAGUGGCUACCAAGGUUAACCCUGCAGACGACGACAAUAUCUUUUUUGGCGUAUGUUAUUUUUGGAAUGUUUCUUAAUUGUAUAUUUUUAUUUUCUGUUUGUCGACUAGUCCUGGUAUUUUCUUGUUUGUUUGUAGAGAUAAAACAGCAUUUAAACAUUUUAAGUUGUUAGGUUUUCUGUUCAUGUAUAUUUUUGUGCACCCUGCAUUACCUUCUAAUUUAUUUUGCAUGGGAGAAGGUUUUUUACUACUUGUGGCAGAUAUCUGUUUAUUAUUGUACAGAAUUUGAUUGAAUAAAACCAUUCCUGAAUACU